UGCUACUAGUUUAUUAAAUAUUCAUGACUGCUAUUGCACGGCUCAUGUCCACACUUCUGUACAAUAGGGGGCAGUAAUGCACCAUAACGUUGGAUGCCAACUGCCUAUAAACCUCACUGAAGAAGAAAAAGCUACUCAUGUAAUGCAUGCUGGAAAGCAGACAAAAACUAAUGAUUUGCAAGAGAUCUAAACACGAUUUAUAAGCUACUGAACAACAAGUCCAAGAAAGCAUUGCUAACCGCGUUUGCACUUUGAACAGAUUUCUCGACAAUAAUAAUGGAAGAUGUGACUGGGGCUCAGCUCAUUGCAGAGGCACUAAAAGCUCAGAAUGUAGAAUAUAUGUUUGGAAUAGUUGGUGUUCCAGUCAUUGAAGUAGCUAUGGCAGCUCAAGCCUCAGGAAUCAAUCCAGGUGCGUGUCUGGUUGUGUCUGGACCGGGACUCAUCCAUUCACUUGGUGGAAUGGCCAACGCUAACAUGAACUGCUGGCCUGUGAUUGUUAUUGGAGGCUCCUCUGAUCAAAACCAAGAGACCACUGGGGCGUUUCAAGAGUUUCCACAGGUGGAGGCAUGCAGAUUGUACAGUAAGUUUUCUGCUAGGUCUAGCAGUCUGGAUAUGAUCUCCUCAGUGGUAGAGAAGCUUAGCAAGGUACCUUAACUGCUUCAUAAGAGCACAGCACAGCCUUAAUUGAUCUGAAUGGAAGGGUGUUUGGUCUGUCUAAGGCAGCACG